AUGGCCAACAAACCACAACACCAUUCUCCGCCCUCUCCAAAGCCACUCUGGGGCUCCUCCUCACGCCUGCCGGGCCUCUUCCGCCCUCGACUCCUAAUCAUCGUCGGCUGCACCUUCACCCUGCUCGUAUCGGCGUGCUUGCUGGUGCUCGAGUUCGAGAACCAAAACUACGCCCUGCGCCUGCAGCUUUUCCGGCCGAACCACUACUUUGAGAAACAGUGCUAUACGCCGCUGGAGUCGGCGACGGAGCGCCUGCAGCAUGGUUCUCCUCCUCCUGUCCCUCCUCCUCCUGGUGGGUCUGGGGGCGAGGUGAAGAAUGGGGAUGAGGAAGAAUGGAGGUUUGUCGCUAGUCGCGAUGCGAAUAAUUAUGCCCUGAACUCGGAGCAGUGUCUGGCGGCAUUUCCAAAGCUGUUUACAGAGAUUGAUAAGAGCGUGACGCAACGCAGAGAGGCGAAUAAUCCCAUUACGUUCGGCGAGAUUAACUCGAGGAAGAAGCUGGGGCAAGGUAUGGCGAGAGCCAUGAUAUACCAGGGGGAGCUAUAUAUUGUGGAGUAUGGAGACAUGAUGUACACUGCCACACGUGCGAAAUCUACGCUACACUCGCUGCACCGCGCGUUGGUCGCGAACGCGGACCGUGAACCACUGCCCUCCAUUGAAUUCCAUUUUUCCGCAGACGACUUUGUGUGGGACGACCUCAAGCUGGCCGGUGGUCCCGUAUGGGCGUACUCCAAACGUGACACCUCUGAUAUCGACCUGGGAGACGUCGACGACAGCAACAUAUGGCUGAUGCCCGAUUUCGGGUACUGGGCCUGGCCCGAAGUUGAGAUUGCGCCAUACCGCGAAACACGCCGACGCAUCGCAGCCGUUGACUCUGAAUACGAUGACUUCCAGGCCAAAAAGAAACAGCUGCUGUGGAGGGGUAGCCUGAACACGGCAUCUGAGUUGCGCAGUGGCCUGGUCGAAGCUACCAAAAACAAGUACUGGGCGUCAGUGCGCGUGGUGGAUUGGGGCGAUAGUAAGAGCGUGGCGGACAACGUCCUGCCCAUCGAGGACCACUGUCGUUACAUGUUUCUUGCACACACUGAAGGCCGGUCAUUCUCUGGACGGGGCAAGUACCUGCUCAACUGCCACUCCGUCUUCAUCACGCAUCCGCUCAUAUGGCGGGAAGCCCACCAUGCGGCUCUCAUAUCGUCCGGCCCAGACGCGAAUUACGUCCAAGUCGCGCGCGACUUUUCGAAUCUGGAGGCCAAAGUGGAAUAUCUCCUAGACAACCCGCAGGUCGCGGAGCGCAUUGCCAAUAACUCCGUCGAGACUUUUCGCGACAGAUAUCUGACGCCGGCUGCGGAGGCUUGUUAUUGGCGUUACCUGAUCCGAAAGUACGCUGAAGUAUCUGAUUUUGAGCCCAAGCUUUACGACGAAAGGACGAAGAAGAUGAGAGGCCAGCCUUACGAGCAGUGGGUUCUCUCACUGUAG